UCUUACCUCGCUCCUCAUUCCAUUCCAUUAGAUUCCUUUUAUUCUCCUCCCGCGAACCUCGCAGCUACGACGUCAACCCGAAACGGCCUGCGUUUGAUCGCAAAACCAGCUGCCUUUCCCUAUCAAUUCCCAUUUUUUCAACCGGCGCUGGCUUCCUAUUUGACCCUUCUGCUUCAAAAUUCCACCUCUAAUUCGCCGGCCGUGAUCCGGCUUCCUCGAAAUCCUCCACCCACCGUCGAACUGUUUCUCUCCUCCUUCACGCUUCCGUACAUCUCUCCUGCAGCGACGGUCUUGCCGUUACUACGUGCAUAUGGAUCGGAGGAGGGCCGGGAGUCCGGUGUACGGGCGGCAGUGGAGUGGAGGAUCGAGCAGCACGGGUUCUUCCUCUCCGGCGAUGUCGCCAGCGCAUCCGAGCUCUAGGCUGGGAGCUGGCAUGUCUACCAUCAAGCGCACACAGAACGUAGCCGCCAAGGCAGCUGCUCAGCGGCUAGCUCAAGUCAUGGCAUCGCAGACUGCCGAUGAUGACGAGGAUGAAGACGAUCUAGGGUUUCGGUUCAGUAAUCAGACAGCUGCGCCUCCGUCGAGCUUCAGCAACAGUUUCAAUCAGAACGGAAAGAGUAGUGCUACUCCAGCCAUUUCUUUUACUAGAGGGAACCGAUCUCCGUCCCCUGCGUUAGGUAGAAACUUUGUAGAGCAAGUUACUCAGCCUCGAUCCUCAUCAACAGGGCGAUCAACAAUGUCUGUUCGAACUUCAUUGAUGCCGUCUAGUAAGUCAACUUUAAGGACUUCCGUAGCAAUACCUGCCAUUGAGCCUCCAGCCAUCAAGACCCGGGAUAAAAGGUUUAGUGCUGAUGUGGGGCAGCUUAAGAAAGACAAUGGAGAUCAGCGCGAAGCAUCUGCACUUCGUGAUGAACUUGAUAUGCUACAAGAAGAGAAUGAGGGCAUACUUGACAAGCUUCGGCAUGCAGAAGAAAGACGCGAGGAAGCAGAGGCUCGUGCAAGGGAACUUGAGAAACAGGUAGCUGCGCUUGGAGAAGGUGUUUCCCUUGAAGCUAAACUCUUGAGCAGGAAAGAAGCAGCAUUGCGUCAAAGAGAGGCCGCUUUAAAGGCAGCAAAGCAGACAAAAGAUGGGAGAGAUGAGGAAAUUGCAUCUCUUCGCUCAGAGCUUGAGAAUAUAAAGGAUGAGACAGUAACAGCUGUGGAGCAGCUACGGGAAGCAGAAUCUGAAGCCAAAGCACUACGCACGAUGACACAGAGAAUGAUUUUGACUCAAGAAGAGAUGGAGGAAGUAGUUUUGAAGAGAUGUUGGCUUGCUCGAUAUUGGGGUCUAGCCGUUCAACAUGGAAUUUGUGCCGAUAUAGCAGUGUCAAAGCAUGAACAUUGGUCUGCUUUUGCUCCCCUUCCGUUUGAGGUUGUCAUUUCUGCUGGACAGAAGGCCAAGGAAGAAGCUGAGGACAAAGCAGUUGGCAAUAGCUCAGAUAGGAGUAAGUCUGCUCGUGAUUUGAGCGAUUUAACAGGAGAAGGAAAUAUUGAGAGUAUGCUUUCAGUUGAAAUGGGACUGAGGGAAUUGGCUUCUUUGAAGGUGGAUGAUGCUGUUGUGCUUGCAUUGGCCCAGCACAGGCGUGCAAAUGCUUGUAACUUAUUGCUUUCAGAUUUGAGAACUCUUGGUGAUCCCAAGUAUUCUGAAGCCAUUGAGUUGAGUGAAGCUGAGGCAGAAGAUGUUCUUUUCAAAGAGUCAUGGCUAACAUAUUUCUGGAGAAGAGCCAAAGCGCAUGGCGUGGAAGAGGAUAUAGCAGAAGAACGUCUUCAAGUCUGGAUCAGUCGUAGUGGGAAGCCACCCACUUCACAUGAUGCUGUCGAUGUUGAGCGAGGAUUGGUUGAGCUAAGGAAGUUGAGCAUAGAGCAACAACUUUGGGAAGCAUCACGGAAAGAAAUCGACCAGCCCUCACUAGCCAAUCAUAAAUCUCCGGCAGACUCGGACCUCUCAUCGUGAUACAACUUUUUGGAGACCUUUUCUUUCUGUUGCGGUGAUUAUACGCCUCCCUGCGGCCUUUUUCUUGUUCGUUCUUCUGUAAGUUGCUUGUAUCGUUAUCUUUCUUUGUGUUGGGCACCCAUUUGUAAUUCUUCUUCCAUUCUCUUCCUGUUUUGGUUCUUUCCCCUACAUUACAUGCAAUUGGUUUCCGGUGGUAACACCUUUCCUCUCAUGUACACUUUCCACAUUGCCAAAGUCCUAUCUCAAGGGACAGUGGGAUAAUAAUCGAAUGGCUGCAUAUAUUUGUCAGAUUGCCUAUCGAUAAACUCGAUGAUGCAAAAAUAGUUGGAGUGUAACAUUAUUUUCUUAUGCAGCAGUUCACUUGAAAUCAUAGC